AUGGCCUCCUCUAGCGAUAGUGCUGACCGCAUGCCGUCUCUCGAAAACCAUCCCGAGAACACGUUCAAGGAUGAAGAUCCUAGCAAUCGCGCGCCAUAUGCCCAGCAGCCGCUAGAAGAGUUCGGCGAGGUCAAAUGGCGCGCUCAUUGUCAAUGUGGCAAGGUAUCGUACAAGUUGAGACGCGAGCGACCGCUGAACGCCAAGUUCUGUCAUUGUCGCCAUUGCCAAGUGAUGCACGGCGCACCCUUCCAGUGGGCAGCCAUCUUCCCGAAGGAUGAUAUUCGGUUCGAUAAUGGAACAAGCAAUCUGUCGUUCUAUGCAGCCCGAGAGAAAAACUCCAGAUAUCAAACGCCCACGAAAGUUUCCUGCUCUUUCUGUCGGACACCGAUCAUGGAUGAAGGCCGCAACAUGUGUUUAUUGUUCCCGCAAUUGAUUGACUUUUCCCACUCGCCAGAAGAGCAGCGGGAGCGAAUUGCAACAUUCUUACCAUCAUGCCACAUCUUCUAUGAACAUCGGUUGAGGGAUAUUUACGACGGAAUUCCCAAGUGGAAAGGCAUCGACGAGGAUAGCGAGCGUCUGGAUGACAGUGGAAAGCCUCUUGAGGAUUCAAAGGAGUAA